AUGAGGUUCAUCCAUAGCCUCUCGGCCAUGGGCCUCCUCUUCCUCCCCGUACUCGCCCAGAGGCCCCAGCUGCCGUUGUUCUCGACCUCCCGAUGGAUCACAGACUCCUCCAACAAGCGUGUCAAGCUCCGCUGUAUCAACUGGGCCGGCCAUAUGGAAGUCAAUCUCCCGGAGGGCCUACACAAGCAGUCCGUCGAGUACAUCGCCGACUGGAUCAAGCAGGAGGGCUUCAACUGCGUCCGCCUCACUUUCUCGACCGACCACGCGCUGAACCCAGGGAUCAAGGUCCGCGACUCCUUCGCCAAUGGCGCCAAGGCUGCCGGCGUCUCGGAGGCGGAUCUUUUGCGGCUGUACGACAUGGCCGUGGUUCGCAACCCGUUCCUGGCGGAUCCCAACGUCACCCAGCGUGAUGUCUUCUCGAGAGUCAUCGACGUCCUCUGGGACAGAGGCGUCAUGACCGUCCUCGACAACCACGUUAGCAGGGCCUCGUGGUGCUGCAACCUCGACGACGGUAACGGGUGGUGGAAGGACGCGCGCUUCUACUGGGCCGCCAACUCACGCUUCUUUGACACGGGCGACUGGCUCGCGGGCCUGCAGCAGGUCUCCUUCUGGGCCAGAACCAGACCCGGCGUCGCCGCCAUCUCGCUCAGGAACGAGCUCCGCGCAACGUGGACGCAGAUUCCCUUUGCGGCGGACCAGUGGUACGGCUACAUCGCGCGGGGCGCAAAGGCCGUUCAUGAGGCCAACCCGGACGUGCUCGUCGUCAUCGGCGGGCUCAACUCGGCCACGGACUUCACGCCUCUCCGGACGCGGAGUCUGGACACCGCCGCGUGGCGGGGGAAGAACGUGUGGGAGGCGCACAGCUACAGCUUCACGGUCACGACGCCCAAUUUUGGCGACUGCGGUGUCGAGAGGGCACAGUACGGCGCGCUGUUCGGGUUCGUGCUGGAACAGGGCAAGGGGUACACGGGCCCGCUGUUCAUGUCCGAGUUUGGCGUCGCCAUGUCGGGCGGGCCGGAGAACGGGCUAUCGGCCGAGGAGCACGCGUAUCUUACGUGCUUGGUCGGAUAUCUUGAGGAGAAUGACGCGGACUGGGCUCUGUGGGCGAUCCAGGGAACCUAUUACGUUCGGAACAAGGUUGUCAAUUUCGACGAGACGUGGGGGGCCAUGGAUCGCGAGUGGAGGGGGUGGAGGAAUCCGGCGUUCAAAAGCAUGCUGGGAAAUAUCUUUGCCGUCACCCAGGGACCGUAG